GCCAUCUUCCUCCCAGCGAAAGAAGACUGCCGUGAUGCAACUCCGACUGUCGAGCUCGAUGGCAACAGCAAGGGCCUCUUUACGAUCAACGGAGCUGGCGGCAGCUAUAAGCUUUGCUACCGUGGCCCCGGAGGAAGCGACUCCGUGGAACA